AUGUCGGAAAAACAACGCUUUUUAUCGGAACAAGAAAAGACAAGAAGAAGAGAAAGRGAAAGAGAACGUCGAAGAGGUCUUACUGAAGAACAACGCAGGCUUGAAAGGGAGAGAAAACGCGAGUAUAGACGAAACAUGCCUGAAGAAAAUCGAGAAAAUGAACUCCAAAGACAACGGUUAUUGAGGGAGAAUUUCACUGAAGAAAACCGAGAGAGUGAACGCCAAAGACAACGGUUAUUGAGGGAGAGUUACACAGAGGAGAACCGAGAAAACGAGAGGCAAAGACAACAGUUAUUGAGGGAUAAUUUUACUGAAGAAAAUCGAGAGAGUGAACGUCAAAGACAACGGUUAUUGAGGGAGAAUUUUACUGAAGAAAAUCGAGAGAGUGAACGUCAAAGACAACGGUUAUUGAGGGAGAAUUUUACUGAAGAAAAUCGAGAGAGUGAACGUCAAAGACAACGGUUAUUGAGGGAGAAUUUUACUGAAGAAAAUCGAGAGAGUGAACGUCAAAGACAACGGUUAUUGAGGGAGAAUUUUACUGAAGAAAAUCGAGAGAGUGAACGUCAAAGACAACGGUUAUUGAGGGAGAAUUUUACUGAAGAAAAUCGAGAGAGUGAACGUCAAAGACAACGGUUAUUGAGGGAGAAUUUUACUGAAGAAAAUCGAGAGAGUGAACGUCAAAGACAACGGUUAUUGAGGGAGAAUUUUACUGAAGAAAAUCGAGAGAGUGAACGUCAAAGACAACGGUUAUUGAGGGAGAAUUUUACUGAAGAAAAUCGAGAGAGUGAACGUCAAAGACAACGGUUAUUGAGGGAGAAUUUUACUGAAGAAAAUCGAGAGAGUGAACGUCAAAGACAACGGUUAUUGAGGGAGAAUUUUACUGAAGAAAAUCGAGAGAGUGAACGUCAAAGACAACGGUUAUUGAGGGAGAAUUUUACUGAAGAAAAUCGAGAGAGUGAACGUCAAAGACAACGGUUAUUGAGGGAGAAUUUUACUGAAGAAAAUCGAGAGAGUGAACGUCAAAGACAACGGUUAUUGAGGGAGAAUUUUACUGAAGAAAAUCGAGAGAGUGAACGUCAAAGACAACGGUUAUUGAGGGAGAAUUUUACUGAAGAAAAUCGAGAGAGUGAACGUCAAAGACAACGGUUAUUGAGGGAGAAUUUUACUGAAGAAAAUCGAGAGAGUGAACGUCAAAGACAACGGUUAUUGAGGGAGAAUUUUACUGAAGAAAAUCGAGAGAGUGAACGUCAAAGACAACGGUUAUUGAGGGAGAAUUUUACUGAAGAAAAUCGAGAGAGUGAACGUCAAAGACAACGGUUAUUGAGGGAGAAUUUUACUGAAGAAAAUCGAGAGAGUGAACGUCAAAGACAACGGUUAUUGAGGGAGAAUUUUACUGAAGAAAAUCGAGAGAGUGAACGUCAAAGACAACGGUUAUUGAGGGAGAAUUUUACUGAAGAAAAUCGAGAGAGUGAACGUCAAAGACAACGAUUGAAAAAUAUCAAAACAGUCAUUUUUAUAAGACAAAGUAUUAUUAUUUUAUCUAUUAUAUUUAACGAUGAACAUACUGAGCCAGAUGAGAUGCCUGAAGUUCCUAGARUUCUUAACGACAGACAACCAUGUGUUGAAGCUAAUGACCGAAACGAUGAAAGUGGACUGAUUGAGAGAGCAAGAGCUGUUGGUAUUGCCUAUGAGUUUGCAAAACCUGGUAGUACUGAAAGUGAUGACGAUAAGAGAAGACGGAGACGCCGAAAUCAAAGACGGAUUUUGCAAGGCGAAAGGAGAAUCCUUGAAGUGAUAAAUAAUCUUCCCCCACCACCCCCACCGGGAUCAAGUCAACAUGAAGAUGACUGCUAUGCUGCUAUUCGAGCAUUUGAG